CUUCUCUACUUCCUCGAAUUGCCCAUUUCCUGCGUGAUCGAUUUGUGACUAAUUAUUUAACGAUAUGCAUGAAUCAUAUACUUCAUGUCCUUAAAAUACCUGCAGAACGUGCCAGUGGGUUCAUCGCUCUUGGGGAGAUAACUGGUGCUCUGGAUGGUGAACUCACUAACUAUUUGCCGACAAUAACCUCUCACUUGCGUGAUGCGAUUGCUCCCCGUAGAGGUAGGCCCUUACUUGAGGCACUAGCAUGUGUUGGAAAUAUUGCUAAAGCAAUGGGACCAACCAUGGAGCCUCAUGUUCGUGGUCUCUUGGAUUCUAUGUUUUCUUCUGGGCUUUCCCUGCCAAGACAAUCAGCUUCUGUGAGUCGAGGGCAUAUUACAACGGUUACCCCCCAAGUACCAGAACUGAGUGGUUCUGCGCUAGUUCAACUUGCUUUGAGAACCCUUGCUCGUUUUAAUUUCAAGGGCCACGAUCUUCUUGUGUUUGCAAGGGAGUCUGUUGUUGUGUAUUUAGAAGAUGAGGACGGAGCUACAAGGAAGGAUGUUGCUGCAAACUAGUAGCAAAUUCUUUCUCGGUGAUCUCUUCUACCCAGUUUAGUCUUAGUAGAAUCAAUUGUGCCAGUGGAAAGCGACGUCGUCGGCUUGUUGAAGAGGUUUGAAUUGCUUUUUCAAUAAAUACUUUUUCGUUGAGGCAUGCCACAUCAGCAGCCUACAAUGUCUCCUUUAUAUAUAUAUAUAUAUAUAUAUAUAUUUGAAAAUAUGUUAGAAGUGUCACUACAAUGAACUAUUUUAGAAGUAGAAAAGGUUUUUCUAUUUUUAAAAGAAAAAUAGUGAACAGAAUUAAGACAUUAUUUUCUAAAAGAAUUUGAAAGUGUUAAAAGUACCAAUACAA